AUGCCAUCCGCAACAUCUCAACCACCAGCGGCUCCUUCUCCAUGGCAGGACCAUCUCCACGAGAAGUGUCACGAGUAUGGUUGGGCCAUGCCUGACUUUCAGAUCGUAUCAGAUAGGCGAGGAGGUCGCACAGCCUGGUCCUGUAUCGUUAAGGUCGCAGGAGCACCCGUCAAAGCCAAGUUUUGGUACGAUGGAAGAAACCUCAACAACGCCAAGGAAGAUGCAGCCGAAGCCGCCAUUGCCUGGCUGGGCAAUUCCGGCUAUUAG